UUCUUCUGCAAGGUCAGCUCGCUUCGUGAGUCUCGAGUCUUGACUGCUUCUUCAUCCGCCAAGAAGGGAGAAUCGCCGGAGCCGAACGCCAGCUGCGAGUUCUCCGACCGCCGACAGCAGGCGGUACGUGAGUAAGGAAGGUUUGUGCUAUCGGUUAUUGCUCUUUGCCAAUAUUACCAUGGAGGGGCUGAGUUGGAGAAGGGUGUGUGUCUUGGUCCUCUGCAUCAUACCGUUCUUCCGCUCGGCUGCGGGUAUCCGCUUUGUUAUUGAUAGGGAGGAAUGUUUCUCGCAUAACGUGGAUUACGAGGGGGAUACUCUCCAUGUAUCCUUCGUGGUGAUCAAGGCUGACACUCCGUGGCAUUAUAGCGAGGACGGGGUGGACCUCGUGGUUAAAGAUUCUAGUGGAGCUCAAGUCCGAGAUUCUCGUGACAAGACUAGUGAUAAGUUUGAUUUCAUAGUUCAGAAGAGAGGUGUCCACCGCUUCUGCUUCACCAAUAAAUCCCCAUACCAUGAAACCAUAGACUUUGACGUGCAUGUUGGCCACUAUUCAUAUUUCGAUCAACAUGCCAAAGAUGAACAUUUUGCACCUUUGUUCGAACAAAUUGCAAAGUUGGAUGAAGCACUUUACAACAUUCAGUUCGAGCAGCACUGGCUAGAGGCCCAAACCGACCGGCAAGCAAUUUUGAACGAGAACAUGAGCAGGAGGGCCAUCCACAAGGCGCUCUUCGAGUCAGCCGCGCUUAUCGCGGCCAGCGUCAUCCAGGUCUACCUGCUACGCCGACUCUUUGAGCGCAAGCUGGGGUCAUCUAGGGUCUGAUGCCCCGUUAGAAAAGGCGCUUCAUCGACAUCCCUGCUAAACUGUAAUACUGAACCGCCUGCCGUUACCUGUUUGUGGAUUCCUGUUACAUAUAUAAUCCCUUUCGACUCCAUAUAUAGAUGAGUUCUCUGAAAAUUACACUGAACAGUUCCAUGUACUAGUGUCAUCCAUUUUCCUCAAUA